AUGUCCUUAGCAUUCCGUUCAGUUGCCCGUUCCGCGCUUUCGCAGCGUUCUGCUGUGAUGGGUCUGCGUUCUUACUCCUCGAAGGAGCCAACCCUCAAAGAGCGUUUCGCCGAACUUCUUCCAGAGAAACAAGAGGAAGUCAAGAAACUCAAGGCCGAGUACGGUAAGACCGUGAUCGGUGAGGUCUUGCUCGAGCAAGCAUACGGUGGUAUGCGUGGUAUCAAGGGUUUGGUCUGGGAAGGAUCCGUGCUCGACCCAGUCGAGGGAAUCAGAUUCAGAGGCAGAACCAUCCCUGACAUCCAAAAGGAGCUUCCAAAGGCCGAAGGUGGUAACGAGCCAUUGCCAGAAGCCCUUUUCUGGCUUUUGUUGACCGGUGAGGUCCCAACUGCUGCCCAGACCAAGGCCUUCUCCGAGGAGCUUGCUGCCAGAUCUGCUUUGCCAAAGCAUGUUGAGGAGCUUAUCGACCGCUCCCCAGCCACUUUGCACCCAAUGGCCCAGUUCUCCAUUGCCGUUACUGCCCUCGAGUCCGAGUCUCAGUUCGCCAAGGCUUACGCCAAGGGUGUUAACAAGAAGGAGUACUGGAAGUACACCUACGAGGACUCCAUUGAUCUGUUGGCCAAGCUGCCUCCAAUCGCUGCCAGAAUCUACAGAAACGUUUUCAAAGACGGUAAGGUUGGCCAGGUGGACCCAACCUUGGACUACUCUGCCAACUUGGCUCAUCUUUUGGGAUACGGUUCCAACCCAGAGUUCUUGGAGUUGAUGCGUUUGUACGUCUCUAUCCACUCUGACCACGAGGGUGGUAACGUUUCCGCUCACACAACCCACUUGGUCGGAUCUGCUCUCUCUUCCCCAUACCUGUCUUUGGCCGCUGGUCUUAACGGUCUGGCUGGUCCUCUCCACGGACGUGCCAACCAGGAAGUCUUGGAAUGGCUUUUCGAGAUGAAGAAGGAGAUUGGUUCCGACAUCUCUAAGGAGAGAAUUGAGAAGUACCUUUGGGACACUCUUAACGCCGGCCGUGUUGUUCCAGGUUACGGCCACGCCGUCCUGAGAAAGACCGACCCACGUUACAUCGCCCAGCGUGAGUUCGCCCAGAAGCACAUGCCAGACUACGAUCUGUUCAAGCUUGUGUCCAACAUCUACGAGGUUGCUCCAGGUGUUUUGACCAAGCACGGUAAGACCAAGAACCCAUGGCCUAACGUGGACUCGCACUCUGGUGUCCUUCUCCAGUACUACGGAUUGACCGAGCAAUCCUUCUACACCGUUCUUUUCGGUGUUGCCAGAGCCUUUGGUGUCUUGCCUCAACUCAUUAUCGACCGUGGAUUGGGAUUUGCCAUUGAGCGUCCAAAAUCCUUCUCCACCGAGAAGUACGCCGAGCUGGUCAAGUCCCUGGCCAAAUAG